CGCAGAGAGAAACGGUCCACGAUCGUACUUUGUCAACGGAUCUCAAACAUUGAGAUUUUUAAGAUGAAAAAGCCGUUGUUAAUUCUGUUACUUUUUAUCUCCCACGCUUUGGCUGCUUCAAUAGGUAUUUCGAAGGACGUAGGAUCUGGGAACAAAUCGAGCAUUGUCGAGUACUCACGUGAUGGAGAACAUGAAUUUGGCGUUCAUAAUAAAAAUUUACUCCAACUUUGACAGUAAAGUAAGUAAUAUAACGAUGGGAGAAUACGAUGAUGUGGGUAAGAAAGAUUUUGAAAAUAAAAGUAUAUAUGGUACAAACAACUAUGAAAAAGAGUACAAUGAGAAGGAUACUGAAAUUGAUGGCUCAUAUGAUGACAUAUAUGACACCGCACAUGAUUCGUAUGAAGAAUACUGGAAUAAUUAUGACGACAGUUACGAUUAUCAUGAGAAGGGAUCUGGAAAAAACAUGAGUGAGAAAGAUGAGUAUGACAAAGAGUACAAUGAGAAAGAUACUGAAAUUGAUGGCUCACCUGAUGAUAUAUAUGAACACCGCAAAUGAUUCGUAUGAAGAAUACUGGAAUAAUUAUGACGACAGUUACGAUUAUCAUGAGAAGGGAUCUGGAAAAAACAUGAGUGAGAAAGAUGAGUAUGACAAAGAGUACAAUGAGAAAGAUACUGAAAUUGAUGGCUCACCUGAUGAUAUAUAUGACACCGCACAUGAUUCGUAUGAAGAAUACUGGAAUAAUUAUGACGACAGUUACGAUAUUCAUGAGAAGGGAUCUGGAAAAAACAUGAGUGAGAAAGAUGACUAUGACAAAGAGUACAAUGAGAAAGAUACUGAAAUUGAUGGCUCACCUGAUGAUAUAUAUGAACACGCAAAUGAUUCGUAUGAAGAAUACUGGAAUAAUUAUGACGACAGUUACGAUUAUCAUGAGAAGGGAUCUGGAAAAAACAUGAGUGAGAAAGAUGACUAUGACAAAGAGUACAAUGAGAAAGAUACUGAAAUUGAUGGCUCACCUGAUGAUAUAUAUGACACCGCACAUGAUUCGUAUGAAGAAUACUGGAAUAAUUAUGACGACAGUUACGAUAUUCAUGAGAAGGGAUCUGGAAAAAACAUGAGUGAGAAAGAUGACUAUGACAAAGAGUACAAUGAGAAAGAUACUGAAAUUGAUGGCUCACCUGAUGAUAUAUAUGAACACCGCAAAUGA